AUGGAUGUUUACGCAACGAGUUGGAACUCAUCCAUUCUGGUGAACGACUUUAACGGGGACAAAGCGAACCCGGAGUUGGCAGAUGGUAAAUAUAAACGUUUCAUUGAGAUCCAAGAAAACAAGAAAGAAAAAGCCCUCAAUAUGGAGAACGUUAAAAAACUAACCGGUUACGAUCCAGUCCGUGCGAGAAAUCUCUAUGAGAACGGUUCCAACUUUGUCAUCAAAGCAUUGCUGUUUUUGUCCGUGAAUGAUCUACCUGUCAUCUUAGAAGUCGAUAAUGGUACAUGGAGACGGAUCAACAUAAUUGCGCUUACAAGCACUUUCGUUACAGAUCCGGCAUUAUGCGAUCCUGACAAGCAUAUCUAUCUUGCGGACGAGGGAGCCAAACGAAACCGAGGGUUUCAAGCACCGUACUUCAUGUCCAUUCUAAUCAAAUAUUACAAAUUGUAUAAGGAAGAAGGAAUCCAGACGCCGCAAUCCAUACUCGAUGAUACGAUCAAGUACAAGAGAAAUAACGACAUCUAUCAGACGUUUUUUGAUGAUUGCUGUCUCCAUGCACCUGAAAACAAGAUUCUAGUGGAGGAUAUCCACAAAGAAUGUAUCGAGUGGGCCAAACGGCAACAAAAUAAGAACAUACGCAUUAACCGAAACGAUAUGUUGAAAUGGUUACAAAACUAUGCUAGAUCACAAGAUGAUAUAACUUACAACAAGUGUCUUCGAGUUACAAAAUAUGUAGACGGUAAAGGGAUGUCGAAAGUUUCCACCGGAUUCCAAGGUAUCAAAUUGAACCGAUAUGAGAUGCUUCCGCAACAAUCGUAUUCAGUAUGUGAAGACUCGGCGGAUGAGUAA